CGACAUCUCUCUUCUCGCUCCCUUUUCCCGGAGUCUCACUGCCUCCUGGGUUCCGCGCCGCCGCGGCAAACUUUUGAACAGAAUACGAGCUCUCAGCAAACAAGUCCUCCAGCUCCUCCUGCCGCUCGCUCCUGCUGGUUCCUGCCGCACCUGAGACGCUGUGCCAGACGGUGAUGCCUCUCGGGUUGUGACUCCGGAGCAGAAACUUGAAGGAGUCCUUUGCCCGCCGACCGUCCCACUUGGCAGCAAAUCCUCUCCUAGCAGCGAAUGACCAUGUGUAGCGGAGCGAAGCUGGCCCUGCUGGUCUAUGGGAUCCUAAUGCACAGCAGCGUCUACUGCUCACCUGGCGCCGCCGGACUCCGGUUCUCAGGGAUCAGGCCGGAGGAUGAGGCAUACGAUGAGGACGGAAUACCGCUACAAGAUUUCUACGACUCGGACCCGCCUGGCGCAGGCAGCCCCGCCUCUGCACUGCACGACGCUUACGCGCUGUACUACCCUGAGGAGAGCAGAGAUGUCGCCCUUGGGAUCCUCAACAAGGCCUACCGCAAAGUGCUGGACCAGCUGUCCGCCAGGAAGUACCUGCAGGCUCUCGUGGCCAAGGGCGUGGGUGAAAACCUGGGCGGCGGCGCAGAGGACGACUUGGGACUGUUCUCCAAGCGCCACUCGGACGGAAUCUUCACCGACAGCUACAGCCGCUAUCGGAAACAAAUGGCUGUUAAGAAAUACUUGGCGGCUGUCCUAGGGAAAAGGUAUAAACAGAGAGUUAAAAACAAAGGGCGCAGAAUAGCGUAUUUGUAGCGUUGAGUUACCAGCUACUCUGUAUAUACACCCUGCCCCAAAUGAAAAGUCCUUUUCCAAACUGA